AUGAAUAAACCGACUUUCCAAAGUAUCUCAAAGUAUUUCAGUUUGUCGUGUGACGAGUUGAGGAACCAUCUCGUUAACAUUGACUCACACUUACUUGGAAUCAAGCCAAAAAAGAUUAAUUUAUUAAGAAGAGGAAACUCGAAGAAACCGAAUCCUAAGGAGGCAGAAGAAGAUGAUCAUCCUAGGGUUUCAAACAACACCACCAUCUCAAACUGCAAUGUGGCUUCGUUGGGAGAUCGAUUAGGUUUUGACGAGUUGGGUUUUCGUGGCUCUCACGAAACUGUUUCCAGUUUGGGAUCUAGCCCUGCUUCUAAGGUUUAUACUGUUUCCGAUUCUUCUGUGCUCAAUCCUCUCACGUUAGGGCUUUAUGGCAGCGACUAUUUUCCGGUAGUUCCAAUGCCGCUAGCCACAGAUAAUUUUGGGUUUUGUGCCAACGAAGGUGCUUGGGAUCUUUGUCGGUUGGAUUUGGAGAUUCCUCCAACACUAUUUCCUGUCUCCAAUUGA